UGUUGAUUGAUCGAGAUCAGCUUGAACUGUUUCAUCAUUCUUCCACCGUCUGUGGUUUCCGUGCAGGUAUCGAGUAGCUCAUGGCGAUGGCCAAGAGAGGAGUGCAUCAGAAAGAGAGGGACAACAAUGGAGGAAAUGGCAUCAGAGCCUCCCACCAAGGGGACGUUUCAAAGCUGCCGGGGAAGACGAUAGCGAACUAUCUGAAGCCCACCAUAAGCUCCUGCCAUGUCGGCAGCUGCAGGUAUCCCAGGAGCCAGAAACAAGCUUCCGAGGCCUCUUCCAUGGCUACCUCCUCUGCCAAGCCUGGAAGCUCCAUCAACAAAGCUCGCUUGCUGUCCUCUGUGCCCGAAAGAACUCCUGCAUCGAUCAGAUCCAAAGAGAGAGCAAGGACCAGAGCUGGCAAGUCUCCAAUGACAGCAGCAAUCAGCUCAAAGAAGAGAACGACAGGAAUCGAGAAAUCUCCAGUGACGACAGCAAUCAGCUUAAAAGAGAGAACCAGAAGAACUGAUGGGAGAUCUUCCAUGGCUGCGAUCUCUCCGAAACCAAGCUUGGGGAAGGCAUUCAAGACUCCAACAAGCGGGAAAGCAGUUCCGGUCAGGAAGGCCAACGUCGCUGCCACGACCUCCACCACUGCGGCCAAAUCGGAGGACGACAAGGUGAUACGUGUCGACGAUGAAACCCAAACACAAGACCAGGCAAAGGGCACACGAGUGGAGGUAGAACAGCCACACGAGAGCAAGGCCAAGGUAGAGAGCGAAGAGCCAAAAGCAGCCAAGACGGACGACGACGAGGUCUCACACGAGACGGAAGGAAAGAUGGAACUGCAGCCGGAGAGCGAGGUGGGAGGAGACAAGACAGUGGCACAAGAGAAGGAAAAGGGUGAGGAAGAAGGGGUGGCGCCAAAGGGGCCAGCGAACGGGAGGAACCAGCCGCUGCCGGCUUACAAUGCUGUGAUAGAGGAGAAGGCCACCAAGCUGGCGGCGCGGCGGAACAAGGUGUUGGCACUCGCGGGGGCCUUCGAGUCCGUCAUCUCGUUGCAGAUGCCGGAACUGAGUUCACAGGAGCAGGCGGCGAUGACGGUGAGGAGCGUCAGUAGGGGCCGCGGCAGAGCUGCUCAAUCAACCCAGCAACCGACGGAGGAAGGGAGGAAGGGUGGGAACGAGGGAGCCAAUUGA